AUGGGCACUGCAAAGCCCGUGCCAAAGAGCCCUGCGUACGCAGGAGAUCCAACUGAUUCACCGCGCUAUCAAGUGGCCACAUGUGCCCGCAGCUCCUCCCAGGUGUGGGGACUACCUAGUGUUCUCCGCUGCGUCUCUCCUGCUCACGUCAAACAAUACAACCAGCUGCUGGCCAAUGUCACACCUCCUCCCACCAGUCUGCCUCAGUCCCCUGCCUACUCAGUUCAGGUGAUAUCUGCUCUCACGGGCCCGGGCAUUUUUACUGGAACUUUCUAUGACCUGCCGCCUGCUGUAGAUGUUCUCCUAAAUUUCAUCAUCAUCAGUUCAGAUGUCCAGAGAGCCGUAUCUGUCUAUGCAGAAUGCAUCAGGAGCGAUAUCAUUAGGACAGUCAAACAGGAAAACCACCUGGUCUUUAGGUUGGUUAUCCCUAUCGAUAAAAAUGGACAAAGGAAAGUUUUCUCCAGAGACCAGCUGACAGACCUCCCUGAUGACUUUCACUCCUGUGUCUCAGCAGCCGUGUCUGUAAAGCAGAUGGCUCGGCUGCAGUGCCUGUGGCAACUGAACGUGAAUGGCGAGGACUUCGUCACGGGGGCAAAGCUGUACAGCCUGAGCCUCAUUCGGCCCUCAGAUGGGUACAUGGAGGAGAGGGUUUUCGAUUACUCCGAGCUUCCUCUGAUCCACCUGUACUCCAGCGUCUUUCUCCAGCAGAGUCAUGCGGAAGCCUACUGUGGGCUGUUCAUCCCAAGGAAGGAGGCUAUCGACAAGGACCUGCAGCACCCACGGAGCAAGGCCUCCCAUAAUCCUCAGCCAGGCGAGUGGCCGAGGGAUGCUCAGAGAAGCAUUUCAACCCCUUCCAAGGUGCCUCUUCAUGGCUUCCAGUAUACAGAGCAAGGCAAACACUGCCCAGAUUCUAGCCUUGUCUUGCAGACCAUCAGAGCAAGCAUGUUGCGGAGAAUCGCAUGUAUUCCACUGAGCACAGGAGCAUUUGACAUUACCUAUUUCUCCAUCCUAAUGAUUCUCACGGAGCUGGGAAACUCUGGGAACCAGGAGCAUGGACCGCAGAUGACGGACAGAGAGCAGCAUCUGCUGGAGGGCUUAAUGCAGCUUCAUAGAUUUCUUCAUGGUUCUGCCUCUCGAAUAUGGAACAUCCUAAACCUAACGCAGACCAUCUGCCUCCUGCUGGAAUCUGAGGCUGUGGAGGUCAAUCACAGAGAGAUCUAUCCAGUCGUAGCUGACAAAUGCAGGAAGCUGGUUUCUGAUUUUUCGGAUUCCAAUUACCAGAAGGUCUCAUCUGAUUUUGUGACCCUCGGCAGAAUGUUGAAGAGAGGGAUGGUGUCAGCACUGCAUGCUCUAUUGGAAGGUCCUUCCAGAAAACUUCUCAACAACUUCCGGGCGGUGCUGUCUGUUGGAACAGUGAUGUUGAUUCAGGCAGUGGAGGACUCCCUGCCCUGGGUGCCGGUGUUAAUUGACAUGAAGAAAGGAGCAGAAGAUGUCUGUCAGGAAACAAGCCCAGGCAACCAGCAGGUUAACAGUGAGCAUCUCCCCCAUGGUGCCCCCAUACUGCCACACACCAGGGAGCAGCACAUUAAUGUGGCUGGAGAUGUAAAAUCCACCGGUCAGGAGGAGCAGGACGCUGCCCUCAUAAAGUACUGUGUAGACUGCCGGCUGGAUUGGCACUGGGAACAAUGCUUACAGAAAAUCUUCUCUGAAUUGCCUCUCCCACCAAAUCCUUACCCAAUAGUAGCUUCAGAAUUCAUAAAGGCUUCCUUAAGGAUGGAACUAUGGCAGAAGAAAGAUGAGGAAAUUAUCCAUCAGACCCUACAUUUCACUCGGAAACUGAAUGAUCACGAGAACCACAUCUUCCAGAUUCCGGACUUCGAGGUUUUUGGGUUAAAGAGUGCUCUCUGCACGUUGAAUCUUAACACCCUCCCUAGUGUCCUUGAGCAGAUGUCCUUGAUGGGAAACAAUAACUUUCCACAUCAAUGCCAAGACUUCAAGGUGGCCGUGGGUCUGGGUUUGAACACCUCAGCUACCUGGCUUAGCUCCCUAACUCCGUUCUGUAAUGGUUUGGAACUGACUGAGUUCUACUACCUCAAAGGUCCUCCAGGAUGUCACGAAGAAGCACUUCAAGCUUAUGCUAACAUCGUGCACAGACACCUGGAGGAACUGAGGGUGCGGCUGAAGAGGGCACAGACUUUCACAAUGUGGCUGUCCAAGGGUCACCGCUGGACUGCCGACGACAUCCUCACAUAUCAAUCGGCAUUCACUGAGGCCUUGGCCCUCAGCGCCGCCAAAGGGCAUCAAACAUACCUGAAGGUGCUUCAGUCUGCCCCUGGCUCCCCCUGGCAUUAUCUUCCAAUCGUUAAGUACUUUGUGCUGUAUUACUUCGAGGAUGAAGAGGAAAGGUGGCAAUGUUUUCCUCACCAUGACUCAGUUGGACUUUACCAAAACGUUUUCCUUUCAAAGGAGGCUGUGAUGUUUCACUUCCAGAGAGUGGGUCCUCCUGGAGACCCAUUCAGUGGCAGAAACCUCCAUAAGGUGAUGAUGGCGCUUGACACCGACAUUCUCAACAGUUUUCUGAAGGAAGACAUUCUGGGUACCUACAGGUUAGUAGCACUGAAGUGCUUGAUUAGUCAGCACUAUGACAUCAUCCCUGCAUGUUGGCGAAUGUUGCACAGUUUGGCCGCGAAGUUUGAACACCUCAACCACUUCAAUGAAACCAUUCAGGAACUCCUCUCAGAUAAAGAUUUGGAUGACAUCAAGCCUGCUGGAGCAGGUCUGGGCAAAGUUGUAGAUGAGGCAUUGCUGAUGUACGAGCAAGAAUUACAAAUCGUACUUGAGAAUCCAAGCUGCCUGGCACCGGGUGGCCUUCUGGACAUUGCCCGGAGCAAGAUUCAUGACGUUGAUACCAGUGUUGGUGGGAGGGGCAACGUGGAUCUGCUGAAGGAUGUUGGUGUCAUGUGCCAGGCCGUGGCUGACGUUGUUGCCUGGGAGAUUCACGCUUUGUGCCCUGAAAUGGGAUUGUUGCUCCAUUCCCUCAACAAGCAGAGCAGCGUGCUGCCAGCAGUCACUGCUGUACCACCAGCACAACAGACGCAGUGA